GAAUCCCACUUACACUGUCAAUAACACAACCACACAGCUGUUCACUACAAAGGAAUAUACAUUGUUUAUUUUCAGACCAAACAUAACUCAGAUGGCUCUCAAUACCUCUUGCUCUAAGCCCAUUCUAGGAAUCCAUCUUCCUAACUCUGUUCCUAAUGUUUCCAACACACCCAAUUUUUUCUUCACCACCAAUGACAACAAAGCCUGCAACUUUGGCUUCCCAAGACUUGUUCAAAACAAGGGUCUUCUCCCACUUCAUGCAGUGCCAUCCAAAACCAUGGUGGAUUUGGACAAUUUGGUGGUCCAAAAUCCAGAAGAACAACCGAAGGAAGAAGGAAAGAUUAUCAAUGUCAAAUUUCAGAUGCAUCGCAACUGCAAAUUUGGGGAGCAAUUUCUAGUAGUUGGUAGUGAACCAAUGUUUGGCUCAUGGAACCCUGCAAAAGCCAUACCAAUGGCCUGGUCAGAAGGGCAUGUUUGGACAGCAGAGAUGGCCGUACCUGCUGGAAAAUUCCAGUACAAAAUCAUCUUGAAGAGAAGAAAUGGUGACAUUGUGUGGCAGCCAGGGCCAGAUAGACUUGUUCAGACAUGGGAAGCAAUGAACAGAGUCACUGUUUGUGAGGAUUGGGAAAAUUCCAAACUUCAGACAGUAACAGAUGACGAUGAGAAAGUUUCCAAGACAUCAGUGGAAGAGGAACAUGGUCAGACAGACAAGGAUUCCAAGAUGGAGUCAGAAAUUGCCAAUUUGGCUGAGAAUGCCAAUUGCUGAAUUUUGUUUCCUUCCACAAACAAAAGUUUUAUGAUUUUGCUGCUACAAAGAAAGCCCAAGUUAGUUUUGAGCUACUUAUUUCCAUUCGGCUCAUAGUAUUACUAUUUUCUUGUUAGAGAAAAUAAGAGUCUCUUUUCUGUUUU